AUGGCCUCCGCACUCCGUCUGAGCCAGAGCGCUCUCCGCGCCGCCGCCCCCAUGCGGUCCUCCGCCUUCACCGGCCUCCGCGCCUACUCCAGCAAGACCCAGUCGCUGAAGGAGACCUUCGCCGCCAAGCUGCCCGGCGAGAUCGAGAAGAUCAAGAAGCUCCGCAAGGAGCAUGGCAACAAGGUCAUCGGCGAGGUCACUCUCGACCAGGUCUACGGCGGUGCCCGUGGCAUCAAGUCCCUCGUCUGGGAGGGCUCCGUCCUCGACUCUGAGGAGGGUAUCCGUUUCCGCGGCAAGACCAUCCCCGAGUGCCAGCAGCUGCUCCCCAAGGCCCCCGGCGGCCAGGAGCCUCUUCCCGAGGGUCUCUUCUGGCUUCUCCUCACUGGCGAGGUCCCCUCUGAGCAGCAGGUCCGCGACCUGUCCGCCGAGUGGGCUGCCCGCUCCGACGUCCCCAAGUUCGUCGAGGAGCUCAUCGACCGCUGCCCCAGCGACCUCCACCCCAUGGCCCAGUUCUCGCUCGCCGUCACUGCUCUCGAGCACGAGUCCGAGUUCGCCAAGGCCUACGCUAAGGGCAUCCACAAGUCGCAGUACUGGGAGCACACCUUCGAGGACUCGAUGAACCUCAUUGCCAGGCUCCCCACCAUUGCCGCCAAGAUCUUCCGCAACGUCUACAAGGACGGCAAGGUCGCCCCUGUCCAGAAGGACAAGGACUACUCCUACAACUUGGCCAACCAGCUCGGUUUCGCCGACAACGCUGACUUCGUCGAGCUCAUGCGUCUGUACCUGACCAUCCACACUGACCACGAGGGUGGCAACGUCUCUGCCCACACCACCCACCUGGUCGGCUCCGCUCUCUCCUCCCCCUACCUCUCCCUGGCUGCUGGUCUGAACGGCCUCGCUGGUCCUCUCCACGGACUGGCUAACCAGGAGGUCCUCGUCUGGCUCCAGAAGAUGAAGAAGGCCAUUGGCAACGACCUCAGCGACGAGGCCAUCAAGGACUACCUCUGGUCCACCCUCAAGGCCGGCCAGGUCGUUCCCGGUUACGGCCACGCCGUUCUCCGCAAGACUGACCCCCGUUACGUCUCCCAGCGCGAGUUCGCCCAGAAGCACCUGCCCGACGACCCAAUGUUCAAGCUCGUCAGCCAGGUCUACAAGAUCGCCCCCGGUGUCCUCACCGAGCACGGCAAGACCAAGAACCCCUACCCCAACGUCGACGCCCACUCCGGUGUCCUCCUCCAGUACUACGGCCUCACCGAGCAGAACUACUACACCGUCCUCUUCGGUGUCUCGCGUGCUCUCGGUGUGCUUCCCCAGCUCAUCAUCGACCGUGCCGUCGGUGCCCCCAUCGAGCGCCCCAAGUCCUUCUCCACCGAGGCCUACGCCAAGCUGGUCGGCGCCAAGUUGUAA